AUGAAAGGCCUGUCACUGAUCACCCUGUCUGCUGUGUUCUGCUGGGUCUCAGCUGACAUUCGCUGUCACUCCUGCUACAAGGUCCCAGUGCUGGGCUGCGUGGACCGGCAGUCCUGUCGCCUGGAGCCAAACCAGCAAUGCCUGACAACGAAUGUGUACCUCGGUAAGAUGUGGGUUUUCUCCAACCUGCGCUGUGGCACACCGGAAGAACCGUGCCGCGAGGCCUUCAACCAAACCAGCCGCAAACUGGGCCUGACCUACAACACCACCUGCUGCACAAAGGACAACUGCAACAGCCCGGCCCCCCGGCCCGCCCCGGGCCUGACCCUCGUCCUCUUCACCUCCCUGGCUGGCCUUGGCCUCUGGCUGCUGCACUGA